ACAGGCAGCACACAGCCUGCCCUCAGCUCUCACUCUUCAUCAGGAAGCUCCCUCUAUCUACAAACAAAACUUACCAACUCACUUUUCAAAGUGUUCCAACUUUUUUUUUUCUUUUAAGUGGAUUUUUUUUUUGGAACAACCUGCUCAAUGUUUACUGAAGACGUCCCAGCAAGUUGAGCUUCUGGCGGGCUAAUGAAGGUCUUUUAAUAACAGGGCUUUAAAACACAGUUACUUCAGCACUGCCGGAAUGGACUCAGGUGACAAACAGUGAGUAAGAGUGCGGGAGCAGGGAAGAAGGACGCAGCGGAGCAGCUUUCACACUUGGGAUGACUCUCUACCAGGAGAAACUUCAAUCAGCUCUGCCAGGAGGGCAAGGCAACUGAAGGAACCUAAUCAACAGUCUACAAUUAUCUUGCUUUGGUGAGUUGGACCCAAACCCAUGGAGCUCCCUUCAAUGGUCCUGCUGAGGCUCCUUCUAGUGUAUGGACUAGUCUGUGGUGCCCAUCAGGCUCAGGGGAAUCCCUCAGAGAGCAGUCAUGUCAGGGAUCAGGACAGUGGUCAGGAAAAGACCCAAGAGUUUGAUAGCAGUGAUGCUGGCCUGGAGAGAGAGUUCUUAUAUGCAGGAAGGAGCAAACGUGCUCCAGCUGACCAGCCGCAGGACAAGUGCUCGUACACUUUCAUUGUGCCCCAACAGAAAGUGACUGGAGCCAUCUGUGUCAACUCCAAGGAGCCCGAGGCCAUGCUGGAGAACCGGGUCAACAAGCAAGAGUUAGAGUUGCUGAAUGUAGAGCUGCAGAAACAGAAGAGGCAGAUUGAGACAUUGCAGCAACUGGUGGAGGUGGAUGGAGGCAUUGUCAAUGAGGUCAAGCUGCUGAGGAAGGAGAGCCGCAAUAUGAACUCAAGAGUGACCCAGCUGUACAUGCAGCUGCUCCAUGAGAUCAUCAGGAAGAGGGACAAUGCCCUAGAGUUGGCUCAGAUGGAGAACAGGAUCCUGAACCAAACCUCUGAGAUGCAACUGCUCACUAGUCGUUACAAAGACCUAGAGCACAAGUACCAGCACCUGGCUUCCUUGGCCACUAACCAGUCAGCCCUUAUUGCCCUGUUGGAGGAGCAGUGCCAGAGUCGCCCUCCCCCUCGUCAUAUCCCCGUCCCCCAGCCACGGGCCCCUCCCCCUCCACCUGCACCUCCCCUAAACAAACCCUACCAGCCCCCAACCCUUCCACGCAUAAACAACCAGAUUACCAACGAGAUCCAAAGUGACCAAAAAUCUCUACCGCCUGUCCUUCCUACCAUGCCCAGCGGCACACACAGCCCUUCCACCACUAACAAGCCUUCUGGUCCGUGGAAGGAUUGUCUGCAGGCUGUGGAAGAUGGCCACACGGCCAGUGGCAUGUACCUGGUGAAACCGGAGAAUGCAAACCGACUUAUGCAGGUGUGGUGUGACCAGAGACAUGACCCAGGUGGCUGGACUGUGAUCCAGAGAAGGGUGGACGGCUCUGUCAACUUCUUCAGGAACUGGGAGACAUAUAAGCAAGGCUUUGGCAAUAUUGAUGGUGAGUACUGGCUGGGCCUGGAAAAUAUCUACUGGCUGACAAACCAAGGAAACUACAAACUGCUGGUCACACUGGAGGACUGGUCUGGCAGGAAGGUGUUUGCAGAGUACGCCAGCUUCAGACUGGAGUCUGAGGCUGACUUCUACAAGCUGAGGGUGGGCCGUUACCACGGCAAUGCUGGAGACUCCCUCACCUGGCACAAUGGCAAACAGUUCACAACUCUGGACAGAGAUCAUGAUGUGUAUACAGGUAAUUGUGCCCACUAUCAGAAGGGUGGCUGGUGGUACAACUCCUGCGCUCAUUCUAAUUUAAAUGGAGUCUGGUACAGAGGAGGACACUACCGUAGCCGCUACCAGGAUGGAGUUUACUGGGCUGAGUUCAGAGGAGGCGCCUAUUCUCUAAAGAAAGUGGUCAUGAUGAUCCGACCAAACCCAAACACCUUCCACUAAGCAUCCACUAAGAAACACAUGCUGUACUGUAUCUCUCACUACUCAAACACCUCCUACAACCCCAGUGGCACCAUACAAACCAGAUGACAAAGGGGGAAGAUGAUGUUCAAAGUGCAAUAUCAAAGCAUCAGGCUGUACUGUUUGUGAACGCUACUCCAGUACCUCCUGACAACCCAAAGAAGACGUGCACUGCCAUUCAGUUGUCCUUAUUAUUACCCCUUUUGCAUUCGAUUCAGCAUGGGGAUGUGCUUAUGGCUCAGGAGUUACAAAUACACUGUCUUUGAUCAAACAGUAACCUGCUUAUUCAACUGGAUAUUGACAGUGCUUUGCUUUGUUUCUGUGUGUGAGAGAGAGAAAAAAAAAUCUAUGUAAUUUGACAUGAAGAGGGCAGAUUAUAGUAGCCGAAUAGCUUUCAGAUAGAGAUCCUACAGUAUAUAUUUAGUAUGUAUGUGAUGUUGUAUAAUGCAAUAACAUGCAAAUGAGGAUGACACAGGAAACAGUAUCCAGUGACCGCCUUUUAGUUGCAUUUAAAAUAAAUUCUUCAGGUGUGUAAUUUGUAGGAAAAAUAGCAGCAUUUAUCGACUUGUGAUACAGGGUUGACAUUCUGGCCAGUGUUGUCCAUUACACAAGCAUACAGCAGAGAAAAACAACACCGUCACCAUUGGGUGCCAAGCACAUCUGAUUUUUGCAGUAAUAACCCCUUACUGUCAAGAGCAAUACCUGACUGUGUAGGCAGUCUGUUUCUUUGACAUUCAAUAGAUCCAAGCAUAGAAAUCAACCCACUAGAAAAACGCUGUGGAAGAACAUGCUCUUCAAAGUCAUGUUCUCAACAGGUACAUUGAAAUCUUCAAUUGCUUGAACAGGUAUCUGUUUGCUUGAGUAAAUCAAGCAGUGUAUUUACUGUAUAAAUUUAGUGGUUUGUUGAUGUCAAUAGAUCCAACACAAUGCGUCUGUACAUAAAAGAUAUUUGUAAUAUAAUGUAACAAAACUUGUUAUAUGCCACUAUUAAG